AUGGAGAGUGAACAAAAACAAGUAGAAACAGGAGGAAAGUCAAUACCUCGAAAGACAUUGAGUGAAAUUAUGUACUAUGACUUUCUUUUAAAGUUUACUGAAAUCAGCAAGACUAACUUUGAAGUGCUCAUCAACAAUUGCUGUGGGAGACAACUGGUCAACAGUGUCACAGCUGGCAACCUGAUUGUUCAUGGGGAAAGUGCUCUGGCAGGGGCAUGGCCAUGGCAGGCCAGCCUCCAGGGGGGUGGUCAGCACAGCUGUGCAGCCCUGAUCAGCAGCAGGUGGCUCUUAUCUGCAGCUCACUGUUUUGUUCGGAAAAAUAAUUCAAAAUACUGGACUGUCAACUUUGGAACUACAGUGAAUCAACAAUAUAUGACAUGAAAAGUCCAAAACAUUAUUCUCCAUGAAAAUUAUAUAACUAGUUAUUAUCAAAAUGAUAUUGCUCUUGUGCAACUGUCUAAAGAAGCUUCUUUUACAAAGUACAUUCAUAAGAUUUGCCUUCCAGAAGCCAAAAUGAAGCUUUCAAAUAAUGACAGCGUUGUAGUUACAGGAUGGGGAGCACUUUAUACAAACGGUACACUUCCAGUUGUACUUCAAGAAGCUUUUUUGAAGACUAUUGACAACAAAAUUUGCAAUGCCCCACUUGCAUUAUCUGGCGCGGUGAGUGAUGAAAUGCUAUGUGCUGGAUACAUGUCAGGAGAAGCUGAUUCCUGCCAGAAUGAUUCUGGUGGACCACUAGCUUAUCCCGACUCCAGAAAUAUCUGGCACCUUGUUGGAAUCAUAAGCUGGGGUCAAGGAUGUGCUAAAAAGAAUAAGCCAGGUGUCUAUACACGAAAAACUUCUUAUCACAACUGGAUCACCUCCAAGACUGGACUCUGA